CAUUGAUAUAAAGGGCACAAUGAAAGAAAGAAUGUGUCUGAAUGUGUCUGACACAUUGAUUCAUGUCACCAUGCAGCACAUCACAUCCAUCAGGCCAGGCCAACUCCAAAUCGAUUCGACUGACGUCAAUCAUGCAUGCCGCCGUCCAGUGAGUGAGCCGAUUGCUGCACAAACACCAGCCACCACACACCAGCUGAAUCACGGUGUCUGCAGUGCAUGUCGUGUGUACAGGUGUGCGACUUACCUGUCUCGCUCAGCUACCUCGACCACCGCCCACCGCACCGCCGACCACCGAACCUGACACACCAGAAGAAGAACACUAACACUAGCUGUGGAUGACGAAACUGACUUACCGAGUUCCCCAGUGGCAUCCCGCUCGCUACGUACCGAGUCACCGGCACCACCACCACCACCACCAUCACCACCACCUGAAAACAAACACAAUGUAGCCCGUGAGGCUUCGCUUGUCUGCUCCAUUCUCGUGCGUCGAUCCCAUCCCACCUGGUGUUCAUCCAUACCUGUAGCUAUCGCCUCACUGACCCCCGGGAUCAGCCACGCAUCGCCACCCAUCCUCGUGGCUGCGAGGGCCGCUGCCAGGGGACUGCCCGCCACGCCUUCGCCAUCGCCAUGGGGCUCCUCGCUGCUGUGGAGGGCGAUAGACGACCCACCAGAGAAUGUGGUCAUCUUGAUUUGUGCCUCCACCUUAUCACCGCACAAGAUGACCCGUCGCGUUGUGAGGCCAGUGUACGGGUCGGUGCAGUCGAUUACGGUGUGGCUGCCCCAUACUGGCGACCGCUGGGCCAUGAGCGCAGUGAUGCUAUCAUUCGCGGCAGACGACGCAGGAGACGCAGGAUACACCAUGCUGGCUGACAUACGCGACCUCCGCUCGGCCGUCCUGAUGCACCCUACUGUGACCGACGAGGGCUGAGUAAGUGGGGGAGGGGGGCGGGCACUCACUGGGGGAGGGGGGCGGGCAGCCGCACGAGUCGGGAACUGUGCGAGUGGGAGCUGCCGCUGGGCUACAGGGCCGCCGGCACCACCACCAUCACCACCACCUGCACAGACACAAACACGCCCACAGAGUCUGUGAGGUUUUGCUCGUCUGCUUCACUCUCGUGUGUCGAUCAUCUCCCCUUUUAUAUUCGAUUCUCCACACAUACCUGUAGCUAUCGCCUUCUGGACGGCCGGGAUCAGCCAUGAAUCGCUACCCAUCCUCGUGGCUGCGAGGGCCACUGCCAGGGGAUUGCCCGCCGCGCCCCUGCCAUCACCUCGGGGCUUCUCCGUGCUGUACAGGGCGAUAGUAGAUGGCGGACGAGAGAGUCUGAUCCAGACGUGUGCCGCAAACGCGUCCCCCGCCUUGUCACCGCACAGGAGGACCCAUCGCCAUUUGUCGCCAGUGUGCGGGUCGGUGUCGACUACUUUGUGGCUGCCCCAUAGUGGCAACGGUUGGGCUAUGAGCGUAGCGAUGCGGUCAUGCGCGGCCGAUGGCGCAGGAUACACCCUGCUGGCUGACAUGCGCGACCUCCGCUCGGCCGUCCUGCAAGUGCGAAGAGGAGAAGACACCGUCUUGUGUUGCCAAGACAACGGCUGGCUGCGUACCGAGCGAGCCGAGAGAGAACAAUAUCGCUGAAACUCUGAUACGCAUCACCUGCAACUGCAGAGGGAGAGACAGAGACAUCCAGGAGACGACACAGAUGAACGUGCCAGUUCUCCCCCAUUUUCGUCUUCGUCUUACAGCUGCACGGGGGGUCUUUGCUACCGGAAGCACGCACUACCACAGCUUCUCUCCCCAGCAUCUCUCCCCCGCCAUCAGUCCGCGUCAGCGCCAUGUCACGGCCCAGUCGAUGGCCGACGAGGGACCAUUGCCGGAGGCUCGCUGCACGCCUCUCGAAUGUCGCGCGGCUGCCCGCACGCUCCACGUCGCCCUCGUUCAACUGCAUGGGCAGCUGCUGGAUCCACCUGUACCGUUUGGCGAGGCGGAGCAGCGCCGCACUAGCCGCCCAGUCGCCCCCGUUCUCGAGGAAGUACUGCAGGCGAAUCAACUGACGGGGGCUGGCCGACUGACGCAGCGGCUGGUAGUCGAUGACGCCGAGAAGGCCCUUCUGCUCGAUCAGGCCAUCGAUGGCCGACGUCACUGCGGCCUUGUCUACGGCCACCUCCAACUGCGGACAGACAUCAAGGAAAAAAGUUUCUCACACGCGGAUGCAAUCGCAUUCAUUCCCCUCGUCAGUUACCCUUUGUCUGACCUGAUACACCUCCAGCCGCUGUGCGGUGAACUCGCGCUCGUCCCCGCCUUUCAGCCUCAGGCGACACCGACGAAGAUCGCCGCCCAUACCCAGCACCAGGCAACCGCCGCCAAUGUACAGCCUCCCGCCACCAGCCCCAGCGACGGUCACACGCUGCUCGCCCUGUGGCACCUCCACCUCUUCCAGGCCCUUGGUGGACGUCUCACGCAUCGAGAAGAGGGCCACGGGGCACUCGAUGGUGCGAGGGGAUGUGGCACUAGGGGGCUGGAUGAGCCGCCCGUCGAUGUGGGAUGCCUUGACACGGCCAUCGUCGUCCUGGGGAUGGACGACGAGCACGAGACCUUGGGCGUCGCCCACCUGCUGCAGCAGCUUGUCGAACGAUGAGCGGUGAGCAUCGCUCCUGCACCGCACAGACACACGAACACACACAUGAUGAGGGAGAGAGGGGUGUCUGUCGGCUUGGUUUUCCUGUCUGCGCGCCUCACGUGAAGAGGCGGUGUAGCUUGGCUGGCUGAUUGUAGGUGAUCGUGCGGGCGAGCUUGUGCAUAUCGUGGUCGGUGAGUAUGUGUGGGUAAGUGUGCUUCAGCAUGCCGUACAUGUCGCACGCGAGCAGCAGCUGGUCCAUCUUGUCGCUCGUGGUGGUGGGCGGGGCCACUGGGGUGCAGUCAGGCAGGAUGCGACGACGACGCGCAUAGUCGACGAUCCUGCAGGUUUGUUGUUGCACGUGAACUCUGCUUCGGUUGGCGUGUUUCUUACUCGCUGAAGUGGUCGGCAGGUAUACGCUUCACCGGAGCACUGUACCUGCAGGGCGACAGCAGUCCACACAUACACGAUUCAUCCCCUCACUGUCCCGGUGAGUGUAUGGGUCCCGGUGGCUGUGCACUUUACAAGUCGAAUCGAUUUCGCAGGCUGCUGGUGGUCUCUUGAAGAGUCGACUGAGUGGUGCUGAUGACCACAUAGGGCCGCCUGUCGUCCUCCAGAUCGGGCCACUCGUCGUCCUCCGACACUACUCGGAUGGAGCGAAUGGACUCAUCACCACUCAGGGGCCGCAGGAAGGGAGCGACCGCCUGUGACGCACACACAGAGCCACGGACCAGUCCAUCGACCCAGUCCGUCACCUUUUGUCUCUCCCUCUCUCCUCCGCCCCUCUCACCUUGAUUUCGCCCAUCACUUUGUCGUAUCGGGCCUUCUUCGCCGCCCGCUCGCUCUCCAGCUCAGCUAACCUCGCAGCGAAGGUCUUGGCGAACCUCUGCAUGACACUCAUGAGGCCCUUCAGCUGCUCCGGCAGCGCGACGGCCGACAUGGCGGGCGAGGGUGGUUCUAUGUGGUCGUGUGCCGCCUCGCCGUCUGCUGCUGCAGGGGGUGAGAGCCAGAAGCGGAUCCAAUCGCACACACCACCUGCUCACUCACACACAGCACGGGAAGAGCAGUGAGUGCAUGUGGUGGCUGGAUUCAGCCCACCGCUGAAGAGUCCGGCUCGUGCCUUGCUCUUCAACAGAUCCACUCCCUCCUCCCAGCCCUCCUCGCUCAUCUUGCUAAGGAUCACUUCGAAGGCCCGCGGGUCCGCAUCGAUGAAAAUCCGCUGCUUGUCGUCCCUCGGCAAACGGCGGUCCCACUUGCCUCCGAACAGGGAGGCCAUCACCGAGCCGUCCGGCCGUGUGACGUCCUUGCGACGGACAGUGAACGACCGGCCGCCCACGUUGAGGUCCAGCUGGUCAUCGCCAGAGGCCGCCGAGCCGUCGGAUGCGCCAUGAAGACUCAGCAGCUCGUCGAUGUCGUACGAUGCGUCGAUGCGGUUCUGCUCGGCCUCGAGCUCCUCCAGCGGGCCCACGAUCUGUCUGUCAAUCGCGCAGAGGGCUCCAUGGCGCGAAAGCAGGUCGCGGUCAAUGGCACUUGGCAGGUCCAUUGCCACUAGCAGUGAGGCGUCGGAGGCUGACAAGCAGGAGAAAGAGCCGUCCGCGGGUGAGAUGAAUUCAUGGACUCGUUCUGCUGCCUCUUACCCGUCCGGAUCACCCGCCAAAUUGAAUCGGAGCGAUGAUGCGUCUGAGUGCGGCCGUCAUGCCGCCGUCAGCAACGUCCACGGCUGGAAAGGCGUCUGCAAGUGUCAUUCAUCGCCCAUCAGAAGGCAAGAUCACCGACGGAAAGCAGAUCAGUGAGGCUUGCUCCAUGCCUCCCGACUGCUACACUCCUUGUCCUCUUCCCUCCAGCUCAGCAGCAGCGGUUUCAGGGAGCACCCUAGGCGUCCUGACGGCCAAGUCCUCUGUAGGUCUGGACCGACAGGAAAC